AUGGCGCGUCGUGGGCGGAGUCGAGGUCGAGGUCGAGGUCGAGGUCGUUCAUAUCCGAGUCGGAAGCCCGAGAAAGAGCAAGAGCAGCAGCUAUCUUCGCACGCCUCCUGGGAAAUCAUGCCAUUAGAACUAAGAGAAAUGGUUCCGGAAUACCUGGAAGAUUCUAUACAGAGCGGAAAGGCGAAAGCGUCCGUGUACGCAUCAGUCUGCAAGGAGUGGUACGACUACUUCGAACCAUACAUCUUCCGGCGUCUGACGCUAUCCAUAGAGCGUCUUAACGAGUUAGAAGCCAUGAUUACCGGGUCACGACAGCUGUUUGUUCAACAUAUAUGGCUUCGGUUCGAGAGAUCAGUCCAGCCCGGCGUAACGCCCAUCAAAUUCCGCCACGAAAUGGAUACACUGCGCUUCCGCGCGACAAUAUUUCAACUCUUCCAGAUUCUGUCAGAGUGGCCAGAGAGAGUGGCUGGCCAACCAGGCAUUGCGCUAGAAUUAACAGCAUUCUCAGCCGCGGACCCUGACUAUUCCAUGAAAGAUACAAUUCCAGACGAGCUCAAAGACGUAGACCUUACGAUAGACAGCGAAACCUUAAACGCCAUCUAUGAGAAGACGCCCAGCAACAGACGCACAUUAACAGAUCAUGAGAGAAGGCAGCAAUCCGAAUUGCGAGAGUUCUACGACCCUCAAAGCCAUCUCGCUUUACUGCCGGUACGGCUUCCCACGGUGGGAUUAAUAACAGACCUUGCAAUGCGACGACAAAUGCAUAUCAGCUUCUUUACCAACUAUAUCAAACUCAUUAUGAACUCUCUCCCCAACCUUGAAUUCUUAACCUAUGAGCCUCGUGCUCUCCAGCCUUUCAGCCGCGACAAUUUUGAGGCUGCAAGAGAAAUCAUAACCAAAAUUCCUUCGUCCAUCAGACGAUUACAGAUGUUUGAAGAUAGCCCUAGCCUUUACGUUGAUGGGACAUAUCUAAUACGGGUGAAUGACAAUGGCGGCUCUCUGGGUCGACUUUUAGCGGACAUUAGCCAAGACAAAGAACCGGAGGUGAUCUCAAUGUCCUUCAUUAUUGACGCUGUUGAUUUCUUCUCCGACUUCAGGACUCCGCAGAUCAGCCGGCCACAUUGGAAGCUGGGAUGGCUUAAUCUCACUUCACUAGUCUUGACAUCCGCCGUCAUCACGCCGGAAAGGAAGGACGAAAUCCCUUCUCUGCUGAUAGCAGCUGCCCGAGCCGCGCGCCAUAUGCCCAAAUUGGAAAUCAUGGAAUUAUAUUAUGUGUCGAGGAAUCAUGGUGGUAUUUUCACAUACGUUCACGAUAGCACGGGCAGCAUCUUGUGGUGGGACAGCACGUGGGAGUGGGAGUUCUCGCCCAAUGUCAUAUCCAUGUGGAAGAGAGCCGCAAAUGUCCACGGUGCCAAACUAUUCGAGCAUGAAGAGAGUCUAAUUCAGUUAAAAGGAGAUGAUGGUAUGGGGUGGGAUGGAACUAUUUUGUCGUUACUUCGUACACGAACAACAGUUGUUCAUCCUAUAACAUACGGCAACAUGAUGAAUGGACAGAUUUUUAUGUAG